AUGUGCAGCGGUACCAUGCGAGGCAGACCGUUCGAUGCAGACGCCGACGGCUCUCCAGCGCUGGGCCCCACGCUCAGCCAUGACCCCACGCUGUCCUCGGACGACGACGAGUACGGCGCUGACCUGUCUGACCCCGAGGCGGACAACGGCGACCUUGCGCAAGGGUUCACCGGUGCGACUGCAACCGCAGAGGGCACGAGCCUCCAUGGCGACCACGACGACGGCGGCGACGACGACGGCAUGCUGCCCCGCGACAAGCAGCGCAAGACGGCCUUCUACGACUACACGGCCGAGAAGCAGAUGAGCCACACCGAGGCAAAGCAGUUCUACCAGCGCCACCAAUGGGAGACGCAGCACGGGGGCUCCCAGGCCAGCGACGCCUACAGCCCAGCCCUGCGCGCGAGGACGUUCCCUGCCAACUUUGGCGCUGCAGACGGCAUGAGCAUCCGGUCGCGCAAGAGCAACGUCAGCCUGGCAAACCAGGGCCACCAGCAGAGCCUGCACCCGCUCGGCCAGUCACAGCACCAGCAGUCACAGCACCAGCAGUCACACUACCAGCAGUCACACUACCAGCAGUCACAGGACCCUCGUUCGCAAAAGGGUAGCCAGGCCGGCGAUGUCUUCCUCCACGCCGACCAAGAAGCGCGAGACCAGUCCAGGCACCCCGCCCUACCACAGGAAGACAAGCCUCUGCUCGCAGACCAAGGCAUACACGGCGCAGGAGCAGGCGUGGGAGUUGGCUCAGGCGCAGGUGGCUUUGCCAUGUCCGACUCGAGCGUGACCGCCGAGCUCAGCGCCAUCUACACCAACGUGCAGAAAGUGCUCGAUCUCCGCCACAAGUACAUACGCCUGUCGCUGCAGCACGACUUCGACAACCCCCGAGACGACCCCGGCUGGAAAAUCUACCCGCCCCACCCAGAGCCCGUGUGGAACGACUCGUCCAAGGAGCGCCGCAAUGCCUCGAGCAGCCUCCAGAGCAGCACCGUCUUGGAGCCGGCAGAGCAGCCGCCCAAGGCACCCCGCAAGAUGGGCACCAACAUUGGCGAGGACUUCUUCAUGGAGGACCUGCUGCCUCUCCCUGGUCCGUCCGAGAUGGCCUUCCGCAUGGACAGCGGCGGCGUGUUCCAAGUCUACGAGAACGCAAAGUCUGCUGAGCUCGACACGCCGAUCGUCUCCAUUCCGACCCUGCGGGAAUUCUACAUUGACCUGGACGCCAUUCUCGAGAUCUCCUCUGACGGGCCGAGUAAGAGCUUCGCAUUCCGCAGACUCCAAUACCUGGAAGGCAAAUUCAACCUCUACUACCUCCUGAACGAGUACCAGGAGAUCGCCGACAGCAAAAAGGUGCCGCACAGGGACUUCUACAACGUGCGAAAGGUCGACACGCACGUUCAUCACUCGGCAUGCAUGAACCAGAAGCAUCUGCUGCGCUUCAUCAAGUCCAAGAUGAAGAAGUCGCCCGACGAGGUGGUGCUGUUCCGUGACGGCAAGCACCUCACGCUCAGGGAGGUUUUCGAAUCCAUCAACCUCACCGCGUACGACCUCAGUAUCGACACGUUAGACAUGCACGCGCACACCGACUCGUUCCACCGCUUCGACAAAUUCAACCUAAAGUACAACCCCAUUGGUGAAUCGCGUCUCCGAACAAUCUUCCUCAAGACAGACAACUUCAUCAAGGGCAGGUACCUUGCCGAGAUCACCAAGGAGGUCAUCUCCGAUUUGGAGUCCAGCAAGUACCAGUUCGUUGAGUGGCGCAUCUCCAUCUACGGCCGCGACCUCGACGAAUGGGACAAGCUUGCAGCGUGGGUCGUCGACAACAAGCUUUUCUCGCCCAACGUGAGAUGGCUGAUCCAGGUCCCUCGUCUGUUCGACGUGUACAAAGCCACUGGGCUGAUGCACGAUUUUGAAGAGGUCGUUCGCAACGUCUUCCAACCGCUGUUCGAAGUGACAAAGGAUCCGUCCAGCCAUCCGAAGCUUCACAUCUUCUUGCAGCGAGUCAUCGGUUUCGACAGCGUCGACGACGAGAGCAAGGUCGAGCGACGCAUGUACAGGAAGUUCCCCACCCCCAAGGAAUGGACGACGAAGCAGAACCCGCCUUACAGCUACUGGAUGUACUACCUCUUUUCCAACAUUGCGUCACUGAAUGUGUGGAGGAAGCAGCGUGGCUUCAACACCUUCUCGCUCCGCCCUCACUGCGGAGAGGCUGGCGACACCGACCACUUGGCUGCCGCUGUCCUGUGCUGCCACAGCAUCAGCCACGGUCUGCUGCUUCGCAAGGUGCCUCUGCUGCAGUACAUUUUCUACCUGGAGCAGAUUGGUGUGGCCAUGUCGCCGCUGAGCAACAACGCGCUCUUCCUGGCGUACGAGCGGAAUCCGUUUAUUAGUUACUUCCGACGAGGCCUCAACGUGUCACUGUCAACCGACGACCCGCUGCAGUUUGCUUUCACCAAGGAGCCGCUGAUCGAGGAGUACUCGGUAGCAGCGCAGAUCUACAAGCUGAGUGCGGUCGACAUGUGCGAGCUUGCCAAGCACUCUGUCGAGCAAAGCGGCUUCGAGCACAUUGUGAAGAAGAAGUGGCUGGGCAGCAACUACCACCUCCCCGGCGUUGCAGGCAACGACAUGGCACGAUCCAACGUGCCCAGCGUUCGCGAAGCGUUCAGACACGAGACGCUGAUGCAGGAGCUUUCCAUGAUCGAUCGGUACACGCGCGCCGCCAACGCCCAAGCCCACGAUCUCACAAUGUCCAACCUCGAGCCGGAGCAACAAGCACCUCAGACCCCCAAGACACACCAUGCCACACACCCAGGCUCGCCAGCUCCGUCGCAGCCGUCGGCCAGCCAGGCUCACGAGCAAGACAAGACGUUCUCGACUCUCCCCCCGGGCGCCAUGUCAGGCCGCUUCCUUCCCGCCCAGCAGGCGCGGCUGAACCCGUCAGCAUCUGCGACCGAUAUCGCAAGCAUGCCGACCCAGCCAGCGUCCCCCACGGCAGCCAACACGCGCACGUCCAGCGUGACGAUCAGCCCGAGUAUCGUAGCAGCGUCUGCGCCCGCAGUGGGCUCGCAGCCAGCCGAGCCAGACUCUGGCUCAACCCGCACAUCGAGCCAGGUGAACCUCGACGGCGAGCCUAGGAUCUUCCCGGGGGUGGUUAGCAGGAGGCGGCGCAGCAGCCUGCGCAGCAGCCAUGUUGAGGACGGCGAGGACGGCCACUCUGGCCUGCACCGCGUGCACACGGAGCCUGCCGUGUAG